UGGGUGAAACGAGAGAUAUGGUGCUUGUGGAAAAAAAGAAGAGGCUGGUGGAGGUCUUGUUUUUGUGCACGGUGCAAGGGGUCGCAGCAAAAGACUGAGACGGGUUGACAGAUCUGAAAAACAUCUUCAAAAUGUUAAGCUCUCAGAAUGAGUCAUGUGACAUUUGAUGAACAAUCCCCUGACACACUUCUGGUCCCCUGCUCAGUCUCACACUCAGAGGGUCUCCGCACACAGCUUCUCUCACCUCCUCAUCCACGAUGCAGCCACUUUGUAAUCUCGCGUUGACUUUCCUGUGUGCUCUGUCUUUCCUCUCCUCUGUGUUUUCCUUACAAUGCAACGACACACAAUAUGCCUGGCCAGUGGACCAACCUACGUUAUGCUGCAACAAAUGCCAGCCAGGUCAACGUAUGCGUCAGCGUUCACCAGUCACUUGUGAAAAUAAGUGUGGACCUUGCGCGACCAACAGGUACACGGAUACCUACACUGUGAUGUACGACUGUGAAGUUUGUGAUAAGUGCAAUAAACCAAACAUGGAGUAUAGCUCAAACUGCACCACCACUCACAACGCUGUGUGCAGAUGUAAAGCCGGCUACAGGUGCAAAGAUGUAACCUGCAAACAGUGUGUGCCGACACCAACCACCACCACCAAACCCAAACCCACUACAGUCCUGAGAUACGAGACCCUCACUGAACCCUGGCCUCGACAGAUCAGAGACACAGCGUGGUUCCUGGUGAUUAUUGCCCUCCUGUGUGCAGGACUUGCAAUCGUUGUUUUAGCAAAAAUGAAGCCCUUUCUGCGCUGGAUCAAAUCCAAGCACGGCUACUUUUUGGCUAAAGAACCUGCACCGGUACCGGCACGCUUUGAUGAUGAAGGAGUGUCCACGCCUAUCCAGGAAGUGCUCGGGAAAUGUGAAGUAUGAGUGGAGGAGCACCAACUUGCAUGAGCGAAAAUAUGAACAUUUACUUCCAAACAUCACUUUGGACAUUCGAUGGCAAACGGGGGCAAACGUCACUCGGCCCAUGCUGGUAAUGGAAGAACAGAUUUCAAGACUGCUGCUGUUUUCAGGGGAAACUUGACUGAGACAUGAUAAAUAGGAUAGGAGGACUUCAGAUAUCAAAUGUGACUGUAACGGUUAUGCAGUUUGUACAGCAUGUUACUUAAAGGUGGUAUGUACUAUGUUACAGUUAUAGGUGUAAAUAUAAACAGACUUUUCAGAUUUA